CAUCAUAUGAGAAAGCGCAUUCGACUAGCUUCGGUAAACGGAACGCCACCAGCAAAACAGACGGUUCCUUUGUUGUUCAGACAUGUCUGGAAGAGGUAAAACCGGUGGGAAGGCCCGUGCAAAGGCCAAGUCUCGUUCUUCCAGAGCUGGACUUCAGUUUCCAGUCGGACGUGUACACAGGCUAUUACGCAAGGGAAAUUACGCCGAGCGCGUAGGCGCCGGAGCCCCCGUCUAUUUGGCCGCGGUCCUGGAAUACCUGACGGCUGAGAUCCUCGAGUUGGCCGGGAACGCAGCCCGAGACAACAAGAAAACAAGAAUCAUCCCCCGCCACCUGCAACUGGCUGUCCGCAACGACGAAGAGCUCAAUAAGCUUCUAGGCGGCGUUACGAUCGCCCAGGGCGGAGUGCUUCCAAACAUCCAAGCGGUGCUGCUGCCCAAGAAAACCGAGAAGCCAGCGAAGAGCAAGUAAACGGGGCUUGGACAUUCUGGACAUUGACACGAACCAGUUUGUGUCCGAGUAAUACGUUAUGUUCCAUACUUUGCGUUCUAUCGUGUUUGUUUAAUAGAGACACAAUCUGCAUCCUGUAAACUGAGUUUUAUUUUUAGGUGUUGAUAAUUGUUCAUUUUGGACAGUUCCCUGUGAAUAAGCCAAACGCAUAGAGACGCGCUCCGUGAUACGAGAACUACAUGGGACACUUAACCUGCCAUCACGUCGGAUUAUCCUCAGUAAAAAUACGAAAACAAACCCCAUUUGUGCGGGUGAAUGAAGAUCACUAAUUAUUUUAUAGUUGAUGGAUCAAUGCUUGUCACAUUUUAUUUGUGCUUUGAAUUACAUGCGAGUCAUGUCUCAUCCGCUGUUUAGUGGUUACGUUGUUUCAAUAAAUGUAAAGUGCCAGUGUAAGGCAUAAAGA